ACUGUCUAACCAAAAAUUUUUCGAAUGACAUACAUGUAUGUACAAAUUGUCUGCCAAAGAUGGAAAUGUCAAAGAACCUUUCACACUUCCACGAAAUUCCCCAGGGAUUGCAUUGAAUUAUUGAAUCACGAAACAAAACCAACAAAAAUUAAUAAAAAAGUGCAAUUAAUAGCAUGAGAAGAGAUAAAAGGCUAGUAGAAGUUCAUUCGUUCUCCUGAAAUAAGUGAGGAAUAAAAAGUCAUCUUGCAUCCCUCUAUUCAUACGCCCCACAGGGAAUAAAUCUGUCAUUGAAAUCGCCAACUUCACGCAUUAUCGAAUGACAACAGUUGAAAACGAUUGUAUAAAAUGCAGAGACUCUGUGACAUUAAAUUCAGUUCAUAACAAGCAGCCGGAGAAAAAUGAAAUUUAAACACACUCUCAUAACGAUCGUUGUCCUAAUGGCACUGGUGGCUACAUGUCGUGCAGCUACCUUCAAGCCAUUCGUUCGCAGUCGCUACAGUUUGCGUUGGCGUAAAACAACUGAGUUUCCAAAAACCAUGGAUUCUACCACUACGGCACCCCAACCGCCAAUGGGACCAACAGUUGAUCCUGUCAAAGCCAUGGAUAAAGCAGAAAAUCUUCAAUCAAAGACCACUGACCAAGCAACUACGAAAACAUCUACGCAUGUACCGGAUUAUGAUUAUUAUGGUAACCAUGAAAUGGAGGAUAAUGAUAGGACUCUAAACAUAACUAACUAAGAGAGCAAGAAGAACAACGCAUGGGAAUAUCUAGCAUUAAUUUUUUUUUAUUAUUUUAUAUUAUAUGUAUGAACUAUAA